AUGGCCCUGAGAAAAGAUAACACCAACAUUGCCGAGGAUUUAAAGAGGCGGAUACGUGUGUUGUGUUGGGUGAUGACAAGUCCGCAAAAUCUUCAUGUUAAAACGAUUCACAUAAAACACACAUGGGCCAAACGAUGUAACGUAGUAUUAUAUAUUAGUUCAACUACUGACAAGAGUUUUCCGACCGUCGGACUAAACGUCUCCGAGGGCCGGCAACAUUUGACUGAAAAAACUAUGCAAGCAUUUAAGUAUAUUUACGACAAUCAUUAUAAUGACGCAGAUUGGUUUAUGAAAGCUGAUGAUGAUACCUACGUUAUACUAGAAAAUCUUCGCUAUUUUCUAACGUCACAAUCGCCAAAGGACCCCGUCUAUUUUGGACACCAUUUCGGAAGGUAUUUAAAACAAGGUUACCUUAGCGGAGGGGCGGGGUACGUUCUCAGUAAAGAGGCGCUACGAAGGCUGAUUCAGAAGGGUAACAACACCAAAAUAUGCAACAACGUCGGUGAAAAUGAGGACCUGGAAAUUGGUCGAUGUAUGGAAAAUAUCGGAGUAAAAAUCGGCAACUCAAGCGAUUCUUUGGGAAGAACAAGAUUUCAUUGCUUCACUCCAGAAUUACAUUUAUCAGGCGAUUACCCGAGCUGGUUUUAUAGAUUCGACGCUUUUCAUGGCAAAAAUAAGGGAAUAGACGGGAUCAGUGAUUACGCUAUUUCCUUUCACUAUGUUAAACCUAACCAUAUGUAUGACCUGGAGUUUUACGUCUACCAUCUACGACCUUAUGGCGUCACUUCCGGUCAUCAGAAUCUCAAUCAGCCUGCACACUAG